AUGGCGUUCCUCUCGCUCUCCCCCUUUUCCUUCUCCCAAGCCUCCACGUCCGUCGCGAGUUCCCCUCUCGGGACUCAUCACGCGUCGGACGUAGGCUCUAGUGCCGCCAGCCCGCGCCUUUCAUCCGCUGACGUGGCAGCAGCCGGUUCUCUCGCCGGUCCUGCGGCUGCCACGUCAGCGUCGUCGGCGUCCCCCAGCCCGCGCUUGCUGGCGCCGCCGGACGGCCUACAGCCGUCCGCGUUAUUCGCUAAGAGCAGGCGCGCCAAAGGCAGCCAUUCUCGCAGCCGUAGCUUAUCCGAGCCUUUUUGGUUCCUCGGCCAAGCCUCAGGUUUGGACCUGAAAAGCCCGAGCCGGUUCAGGUUCGGGCCCAGGGCGUUUUCGGUGAGCGGAGGAGGCGGUGAGGGGGAGGGGGAGGGAGGAACAGUGGGUGCAGGUGCGUCAGGAGCAGGUCUUAGUGACACUGGGGGAUUCUCGUCAGGGGACGAUGCACUGAGUGGAAUGAGUCGGAGGGACGGGCGAAACCAAGAAAUAAGCAGCGCUGCGGGUACUACUGGGAGUUGGAGGAGAAGCCGCAGCAGAGGACGCGCAUUGAGUCCUAUCCGAUCCGAAAGCUUCGACCGCUCAAACGGUGACACGUGUCACUCCGCAAUUUCCGACCGUGUAUAUUUCUCCGCCAACGCCCUUCCGCCGCUCGCCAUUCCCGCUUCCACCAGCCUCGACGACACUCCGCAAGCCAGCCCCUUGCCCGGGGGGGGCGCGGGCGGAAGGCCCUCCCGCAUCCAGUCAUUUUCCCCGAAGUUUCUUCCGCCGAUUCCCGCGCGCGCUGCCGCAGGCGGAAGCGGAUUCAGUCCAUGCGGAAGCCCGCACUCUAGCAGGGGCGCGGGGAGCGCGACGGGAAGCGCGACAAAUAGUUGCGCGAAUAGUCCGCGGAUGCCUUUCAGUCCGCUGCGGUGGGCGGGACUAGGCGCGUUAGGGUUCCGCACGUCGUCUAGUCUGAAAGCGAGCAUGGGCGGGGGCAGGGGCGGGCUGGGGAGCGGAAGCGGGAGCGGGGGAGGGGAGGAUGAUUUACUUGUGAGUGAUGAGGGAGGGGGAGCGGCGGGAAUCGGCGGAGGGGUUGUGGGGGAAGGUGAGGGCGGGGGCCGGCGGGUGAGAGUUCAGCCUGGGACCAGGGGAGGGGGAGGCGGAGGGAUAGGGGGAGGGGAAGGAGCGGGCAGAAGGGAGCGAGCGCACAGGAGAUCGUUAUCUGUUGAUCUCGUGUCGCCUUUAUUCGCCCCUCUAAUGGCCGCACGCAUUCCUUUCUCCCCAAAGCCGCCCCAAGCUGGUAACCCUCCUCCGCGCGCGCAUGUCUUCAUCUCCCCCUCCUCCUCCUCCGCGUCCCCUCGCCCCGCGCCCAGUUCGGCGGCUGCGGACUCAUCCCCUUCCCCCUCCUCCGGACGCCUCUCCGCGCAUUCCGCCCACGCUCUCCCCUCGCCGUCCGCCCACGGCCUCCCCUCGCCCUCCUCCCACCCUCUCCCCUCACCCUCCGCCCACCCCCUCCCCUCGCCUUCCGCCUACCCACCCCCCUCGCCGGCCGCCCAUCCGCUCCCCUCGCCAUUCGCGCACUCGCGCCCGCCCCGCCCCGCCUCCCCGCUCCAGUCUUCCCCCCACCAUCGCUCCGCGGACUCUAUUCGCCUGCUUGAUUUUGGGGGACCGAGGGGGAGCGAGGCGUGUGGAAGAGAGAGGGACGGGGAGUGCGAGGGGGAGAGCAGCGGGGGAGAUUGCAGCAGCAGUGUGCUUCGAUCGCCAAGAAUACCAACAGCAGGAGGAGGUGCAGGUGGAGAGAGAGGAAAAGGAGGAGGAGAAGGAGAAAGCGCAAAAUCAGGAUGGGAGAAAAUGCAGCGGAAGAAGGGAGGGUGGGGUAGCAGCGCGUUUGGUAGAAGCAGCACUUUCUCUCCAUUUGGCCCUUCCAAACUGGUUCCAACCGGUCGCAGACACAGAAAGAGCGCUUCUCUAAGCACUUUUCCAUCCAUAGUGGAGCACUCCAUAGCGGAGCAUUGUGUGCUAGCGCAAGGAGACGCAGAGGGACAUGGGGGCGGAGCGGACCUGGGGGAAUGGGGGAACUGUGGAAGGGGGAGUGUGAGAAGCAAGGAGGGGAAAGGCGUGAGUGAUGCUAUUAGUCCUGCACUGAUAAUGACCAAGUCUGUGAGCUACAAUAUCUCUGUAAGUAAGUCGCUUGGCCAAGAGCCGGAUGGGAGCAGCGGGAGUGUGGGGAGUGGGGAGGGGAAGGGCGAGGGAGGAGCUAGUGGCCAUUCGCUGAUGAAAAAGUCUGUGAGCUACAAUAACUCGGUAAGUGAAACGCUUAGCCAAGAGCUGGAUGGGAGUGCGGGCGCGCAGAGGCAGGGCGCGGGCAAGAAGUUCUGGGGCAUAUGGGGGCGGAGGAAAGGAGGAGAAACAGGAGCAAGGAGAGGGGAAGGAGGAGGGGAAGGAGGAGCAGAAGGAGCAAGGGAGGGAGGGGGGCAAGGCACAAGAGGUGGGUUAAAUGAACUCUCACUAACAGGAGAUGAGCGUUACUCUUCAGACUCACAAUCAGCUCUAAACUCGCGGCCAGUUUCGGGUUCUUCCCAAACUCUCGGCAGAGCAUUGACAGGAUCAGGCUCUGGCAGAGCACUAGCAGGAUCGGGGUCUGGCAGGGGCAGGUCCCGUGAGGGCAGCUUCAAGGAGUUUCUUAAGGGGCGGUUCAGCCCUCCUCGAGUUGAACUGCUGCCUGAGCCGAAUAUGCUGGAACCGGGUGUGUACGAACCGGGACUGUUGGAUGGGCGUGGGGGAAUGGGAUAUGGGGAGGACGAGGCUUCGUUGCUGCCCCUGUCGCCAACGGGUAUGCCCGUUGCUGCUCUCUCGCAGCAGCAGGAUUACCAGCAGCAUUAUGAGCAGCAGCAGCAGCAGCAGCAGCAGCAGCAGCAGCAGCAGCAGCAGCAGCAGCAGCAGCAGCAGCAGCAGCAGUCUCGCCAGUCGCGAGAAGAUCUCUCUCGUGUGGGGUGUGGGAGGGCUGGGAGCAGUGAUGAUACCGGCCCUAGCAUCACAGCGUUCUCCCUUCCUUCAACUCCCACGUCCCGGGAAAUAGCCUCUCUGGAUGGAAGAAGCAGAGGGGAAGCAGCAGCAGGAGGAGGAGCAGGAGGAGGGGGAGCAGGGGGAGCGGCUAAGGAGCAGGCGUUUCUCUCGUCCUCCCUGUCGUCGUUACAGACUCGAAAGCCCUGGGGCAUCAUACCCCACAACUCCUCUGCUGCUGAUGCAGCCGGGGCAGAGGAGGAAGAGGAGUCCGUCCCUCCCCUGCCUCAUCUCUUGCACCACCUGCUCCACCACUCACCCAGCAGCCCCACAGGCACAAGGGAAAAGUCUCCUGAUGAAGAGCCCAGGGGAACUGCUAGCAACGGCUUGGCAGUAGCUGGCCGGGAUGCUACAGCUGCCUCUGCUGCUACAGCCGCGUCAGGUGCUACAACUGCUCGGCUGUCGCUCCCCCUGACCCCCUCACCAGGACAGAUGGAUAUUUCGGUUGACAGCCCUGCUGCCGGCCUUAGAGUGUCUUCAGGAGCGUCUUCAGCCCAGAGCCCACUAUCUUCCAACUCCCGCCACCGCCGGGCGGCGUCAGAAGCCCGCGAUUUCCUCAGCGAGCUGGGAGCGCGCCGCCCGGCCUUCAUGAACAGUGUCGCGAAGUGCGGCCUGCGGGCGGCACAGCAUGGCAGAAGUGCAUCUGUAGCGGUGCUUUCAGGGGUGGGAGGCAGGGGAAGCGUGGGGAUAGAGGUUGGGGUUUGUGGUGGUGAUGUGGAUAGGAUGGGUGUUGAUUGUGAUAAAGCUGGUUGGGAGAAGUUUCCAAGAAACAGCAGCAGUGGGGGUGGUGGCAGGGGUGAGAAGGGCCAGAGGAGUCGGCUUGGGCGGCAUCGAUCGUCUGCUUCCUUGGAGAUGCCGCACCGGCCGUUCACUGCUGAGAGCUGGCAGCAUGUGGGGGAGGUGGAUCAGGGGCAGGUAGGUUGGGAGCAGGUAGAACUGGAACAGGUGGAACUAGAGCAGGUUCAACUGCCGUGGGGUGAGGCGGUAUCACACCAGGAGCAGCAGCAGCCGUGGCAGCAGCAGCCACAGCAGCAGGAGUGGGAAGAACAGGAGGAGUGGGAGCGAGGGAGUGUGGGGUGGAGCAGGAGAGGAGCGGGUGUGGGAGAGUGUGAUGCAGAUGAUACCAGUCCGCAGGGGCGAGCAGAUGUGUGGGUGGCUGAGGAGGAGGAAGAGGAAGAGGAGGAAGAGGAGGAGGGAGAGGGAGAGGGAGAGGGAGAGGGAGAGGAGGGGCAGAAAGCAAGGCUUGUUCUCAUGAACAUGGACAAUGAGCAGGAUGCGUCUGGGGGAGGUGCUUUCAGUGCUGUCAACCCCCCCCUCACUGCAUUCACUGGUCAGAGCCUGUUAAGCAGAGGCAGACGCCGGGGCCAUGCGCGCCCCUCCCCUGCCCGCCCUUCUUCUGCCUCCUCCUCCUCCUCGUCCUCUGCUGCAAGGGCGCAUGAUUCAUGGAAUGCGGCCCCGCUCCCUCUCUCCGCCGUCCCUGCUUCCACCCAUUCCGCCUCUGCUUACCAUGCAUCUGCUCUGCACUAUCGGAAGAAACACGCGCUCUCCCCCCGCUCCGCCUCCCAAGCGCCUGCACCCCAUCACCGAAACCCCCCCAACCCCUUCGCCUCCCGCCCCUCUGCCGCUGCUGCUGCGUCAACCCAUGACAGCUGGAACAGCUCUGCUCUCCCCCCCGCAUUUGCUAUGAGCCAGACUUUCAACCCCCCCAACCCCUUCGCCUCCCGCCCCUCUGCCUCUGCCUCUGCUUCAACCCAUGACAGCUGGAACAGCUCUGCUCUUCCCUCCGCAUUUGCCAUGAGCCAACCCUUCCCCCCAUUAGCUCUCCGCUCCCCCCACGCCCUCCCCCACCACACCAACCCCUCCGCCUCCCGCCCCUCUGCCUCCCGCCCCUCUGCCUCUCCCUCUGUCGUCUCUGCCGCUGCUUCAACCCAUGAUAGUUGGAACAGCUCUGCUCUGCCACCCGCGUUUGCCAUGAGUCAACCUUUCAACCCCCCCAACCCCUUCGCCUCCCGCCCCUCCGCCUCCCGCCCCUCCGCCUCUUCCUCUGUCUCUGUCGCUGCUUCGACCCAUGACAGCUGGAACAGCUCUGCUCUGCCAUCCGCAUUUGCCAUGAGCCAACCCUUCCCCCUCCGCUCUCCCCACGCCCUCCCCCACCACACCAACCACUUCCCUCUCAGGUCCCCCCGCUUCCCCCUGCCCUCCCCUCGCCGCCCCUCCCCUCCCUCCCGCCCGCCUGCUGCUGCGCCCUCUCUCCUCCCCGUUUCCCCCCACAGCCGCUUCUCCACUUCCACCCCUCCAAACCCCCCUUCCCCUCAUUCCCCUCCAUCCCCCACUGCAGAUAACCGAGAAGGCCCAGUCCCUCCUUCACUCUCAUCCCGACCCAGCACUGCCCCUCACUCCUCCCCUCCCGCUGGCCCACGCGACCGGCCUGCCCGCCUCCCAGGUCCCCGCCUGAGAAUCCACCUGACAGAACCUGACUCUGAUCUAGGUCCCGACUCACUCUCUCGCCUUACCCCAGGUUCUGCAUCCGCGUCAUUUGCUGCUUCUGGCGCAGGAAGGAGCAGCAGUGGGCGUUGGAACCACCUUCAGAGCCCACGUGUGCUGCCCAGCCUUCCGAGCUUGCUCAGCCCGCACGUAGCAGCAAGCCCACGCAUAGCAGUAAACAGCCCGCGCUUCGAUCGCCUACACGCCCUGCCACAUGCCAAGAAGUCGCCUCUCCCUAGAGACCUUGUCCCCGAUCCCUGGGACUCCCCCGAUCACCCUUCUUCCGUCGACAACCGGGCAGUUUUACCCGUGCAUUCACACAACGUGGGUAAUUACCCCCAGCAAAAUCCAGGGGUACUUCCCUGGGAAGGGGACGGUGGGUAUCCAGCUGCUGGUCCAGCUUCAGAGGAGCAAGUGAGUACCCACUCACAGUGGGAGUAUGGCAGACAAGAUGAACGCCCCCAGACAGCUCCGGACCGAAGCCUGCGCCGCCGAGGCAGCCGCAACAGGUUCGGGGAGAGUGCUAGGUUUGGUGGGGAGAGGCUGAGAGACUUGGAGGAGCAGGAGGAGUGGGGGGAGGACUGUGUGGAGGAGCAUGGGGAGAGGCUCGGGGAGAGGUUCGGGGAGAUGCUGGGGGAGAGGUAUGGGGGGAGGCUCGGAGGACAUGACAAGUACCAUAGGAGGGGAUACAAUGGCAGAUGGGCGAGCACAGGAUCCUUCCAGGAAAGGGGGGGUGCGGGGCUGCAUGGAAGGGAGGCAGGGGGGGUGGGAGGGUAUGGUGGAGAUGACAGGAGAAGAAGCAGUGGGGUGAGUGGUGGUGGUAUUGGUAAUGGUGGAAGCAACGCAGGAGAUUCCGAUGGGGAGGAGUGGUCAGAUGAGGAUGAUGCCAGAGCAGCAGGGGGUGGGACAGAAAGGGGAGGGGCUGGAAGAGUAGCAGGAGGAGGUGGAGGGGGAGGGGGAGGGGGAGGGGGAGGGGGAUUCCAAGCAGAGGGCGGGCUGAGAGGCACAGGGCUGGCAGGGAGGUAUACUGCAGCUGGCACGUCGCUCCUGAGGCGGCACAGUACCUCCAAUCGACGCCGCCCGGCCAUGCGCUCACUGGACGAGCACGAGGAAGAGGGCGGGACGGAGGUGGUGAGUACAACGACGAGGAUGAUGGAUGAGAAGGGGGGUGGCAGGCGGGAUGACAGAUGGGAUGACAGACGGGAUGACAGACGGGAUGACAGACGGGAUGACAGACGGGAUGACAGACGGGAUGACAGACGGGAUGACAGACGGGAUGACAGACGGGAUGACAGACGGGAUGACAGACGGGAUGACAGACGGGAUGACAGAUGGGAUGACAGACAGGAUGACAGAUGGGAUGACAAUUGGGACGAGUUGGCGCCACUUCCCCCCUGGAAGGAAGGACUAGGGGCGGAGAUAGGCUCUGGGUCUGGCCCUGUGUCUGGCAUGGGGUUAGGUCUGGGCAGACCGAUGGUUUCCAGGUGGGCAGGGGCAGGAGGGGGCGGAGGGAGGGAGUGCGGGAGCAGAGCGGGGAGGGAUGGGGGAGGGGGCAGGGAUGGGGAGUGGCAGGACAUGCCCGGCGUGUCCAUGUCUUGUGGGAGUGGGGCGGUCUGGACGGGAAGUGGCUUCAGUGGUGCACGCGGCGCUGCUUUUGAUGCUGCCCCUGCAUGGGCACCUGGAGGGGCACUUGGAGGGGCUGUUAGAGGCUCAGGUGUGUCUAGUGCACAAGUCAGGCAGAGGCCAGGUUCGGCAUCAGGUGUGAGGGGAAUGAGUGAGAGGGUGGAAGAGGGGAUUGUGGAGAGUCUGGAGAGUCGGGAGAAGGAGGAGAGUGAUGAUGGAGGUGGUAGUGUGGUGGAGUUUGAGGAUGAGAGUGAGGAAGAAGAGGAGAGUGAGGGGGAGGAGGAUGAGGAGGAAGAGGAGGAUGAGUCAGACGACGGAGAGGAGGACGAGGAGGAUGAAGAGGAUGAGUAA